UUAUCAAUUUACAAAACUUCCAUUUUAUUUGAAAUUUCUAAAAGUAAAGUUUACAAAUAUCUUUUCCAAAAGAAUCCAUUUUAUUCGAUGACAAAUAAUAUAGUUUAAUGCUUGAAUAGCUUUGUAGAAUAAAUAUCGAAUGAAGAAAAAAAUGAAUUAUUUGUGGCUGAUAGAAUUUUGUAUUCUAAUGACCCCAUUAACGUUUAUGAAAACUUUAUCAUAUCAAGCAAAGAAACUCUUUACGAAAUAACUUAUUCAUUCAAAAAAACGAAGAUAGUAGAAAAAUAAGCUAUGCUCAGUGUUUUAGGGAAAAUCUCUAUACUUAAAAUGUAAUAUGGAAGAGAUAUCAAAAAAAUUAAAUUCUAUAACCCAGUAAAAGGAACAGUUUUUUCAGUCAUCCUAAAAAAUUGGAUAUUUCACAAAUAAUUUGUCAAUUUUAUGGAAGAUUUUUUCUAUAAGCCAACAAUUUCUUAAGACAGCAGUUAAAAUUUCUCUUAGAACAGCUAAAAUUAAACACAAUCUCAAUCUCAAGAAAAUACAGUCUAUUGUCAACAAUAAAAUGAGAAUAACAAAGAAGAAAAAGAAAUUUAUCAAGAAAAUAAAAUGGUCUAAAAUUCAUCAUAAACUCAGCAAUAGGAUUAAAUGUUUUCUAAAAUAUCUUUCUCAAAAGUGUAACUAAAUGAUCUAGCAAAUUAACUUCCUUUUACUAAAAAACAAUAACUAUUACAUCCGCCUAUGCAACUUUAGUAACAAAAAGAGGUCUAAAAAAAAUUUAAAAAGUGA